AUGUGGGAAAUUUCUAGCGGAGUUCCACCAUUUAAGGAUUUAAUUAACAGAAGUGAUCAAGAGUUGCUUUAUAUUAACAUUCCUAAAGGAUACCGUGAAAAUACUAUAGAAAGAACUCCAGACGAUUAUAAGGAACUUUAUGAAAAAUGUUGGGAUUCAAUACCUGAGAAAAGACCAAAAAAUGAAGGUAAUGAGGAUUCAGCUCUUAUGGGAACUGAAAUAAGCAUUAAGAAUAUUUCGGCUGAAG